AUGGGGGAUCAACUGACCGAGGACCAGAUCUCCGAGUUCAAGGAGGCAUUCAGCUUGUUCGACAAGGAUGGAGACGGUCAGAUUCACUCUCUUUGUGCCGUUCUCUGUCAUUAGUUUUCAGAGUUGAAUCGGCUGCUUCUUGGACGUCUUGUCUGUGGUUAUCUUUGGUGUGGUAUUUAUUUCUUGAUCUGGUGGUUUGCUGGCUUCUAUUUUGACCGAGUCCUCGUCGUGUUAUGGCACCGGUCUUCAACCAUUUUGACCGGUCCUUGUUGACGGCGCAAGCAGCAGAUUCAUUAUUACUUUUGAUUUCAUCGUUCUCAGCCAGAUUCAUUUUUCCCUUCUGAAAAUGCUAACCGUAAUACGCAUCCUUUUGGCUUGCCUACUGACCAUCCCAAAUUAUUUGUUUGUCAAUCUGUUUGUUCUGAAGUUCUGGAUUCAUACGUCAAUGGGCAAACACGUGUCAUUGCUUGUUUCUUCUGAUUUCCACUUUUUUUUCAAACUUAAAUCUAAUUGAAUUAGAAUAACAUUGUCUGGGGCUGUUAUUUUUGUCUGCGAAUUCGACACGUCUUUUCAUCUCUUUAGCUGAUGAAUGAUUAUAGUCGACGAAAUACAGUGUCUUUCCUCUCAUCAUAGGGGAAGGUACGAAUUAGCCAGUAAUUUAUGCUUCUUUUGAUUAACUCCUGAUAAGACUGAUGCAGCCGGUGGUGGAGCAUCGGGAAUCGCGCGAAUCCCAUGGUUUUAAGAAAUUUCAUUCCUCCGUUGCCAUUCUCUCUCCAACAUUCCUCCUAAAGUUUCAGGUUUAUUUUUACGGUAUUUGAUGCAUUAGUCACAGCGGUGACAAACUUUCCUGUAUUUCAUGUAAUUAAGUUGGCAAGGGCCGAAGAUAAUUUUUAAAGUGAUGUGCAGGGGAAGAAAUGAUGUCUAAUGAAUGUUCUGCGAUACAAUUUCCUAUAGUUUUCCGCACAUUAUUGUAGUGCAGAGUUGCAUCUCCCUUGUCAAAUUAGUGUAUUUUCGCAUCGUACAUAUAUUUCCUCAAAAUUUUAUUUUGUGCUAGUAUUUUUCUAUUAUUUUACUGUUAUAUAUAACAGAAGCAAGUUGGGACAUUGUUAUGCUCCCACCUUCUAAAAAUGUUACCGUACUUACCUCUUUAGGGAUGCAUGUUCCAAAUUCCUGAGAAACAAGUUGCAUUGACUGAGGGACGUCAGGACUUUAAAGGAUCAGUGGCAUAAAGUGGGGAGUAAUAAUUGUUCGAAACAUAUUAAGCUGUCUCAUGGAUAUAUAUUUAUUCAUAAAAAAUGAAAACAUCAUUAGUUGUGCUGUCGAACCUUUUUUUAAAAAUCAGGAGAUUGUUUGAUCAUCUGUACUGCGAAGAAUAUCUAGUUUCAUACUUGUUUUAUGGAUCAUCUUUACUUCCCCACACACUAAUGUUCUCUCUAUCUUUCUCUCUCUAUCUCUCUCAGAUUCUUUUUUUUUGUUACGAGAAUAGUAGCCUUUUUCUCUGUACUUAACUUUUGAAUCUUGUCAAUUAGUAAUUACUUUUUGCAAUCUAUAUGCUUGCCCAGUAUUUUGACCUCCUUCUUUACCUGAGAAUUGGGCGUAUCCAUACGAAUUCGAGCUUUGUUCACAAAUCCUGAGGUUUUGAUCCUAUUUUGCGUCAGGGCUACCUUUUAAAAAGGAAAAUGGACGGUACGAUGUUUCUGCCUACCAGUAUCUGUGAUAGAAGGUUUCUGCUAACUUUAAAAAGGUUCCCCUCUUAUCACAGAAGAGAUGGAUUCUAUAUUUCUACGACGUGAUGUAAACUUCAACAGGAAACACUUACUUAAGACUGGUGCCUAGAUGCAAGCAAUGACUUACCUGUGUUCUCCUUACCAAAAUUUAGCUUCCUGGAAAGUACAGUCCACUUAAGUACUCCGACGUCUCCCCCGGGUCUUACAAUAGUGAGUAUGUGACGUGUGAGACCCCGAUUCUCAAGGUAAUAUAGGAAACUUAGCUCCCCCCUGGGCGUGGAGACAGACUGGAGAGUUGAGACGUUGAUCAUUGUGCCAUUGCCCUCGAAAUAUGGGCAUAGGUUGCUUUUCCUUCAGUCUAGAUAUAUGCUCAAGUGGAAUGUGCCCAGUGUGAAGAGCCUUGAAGAAAGGGGGGGUCUUUGGCUGAAAAGUUGCAACACUUUCUCAGUAAUCAGGCAAUUUGGAACCCUCAUAUUCUUGGGCAAGAUCUCGGGGAGUGCAUGCUUGCUUGCUAUCUUAACUUACACACCUGGCUGCCGUUCGGGGAAAGUGGAUAUUUUGGGUUAUUCCUUUUAAGAAUCUCACCUCCGCUGCUUCCAACUCCAUUGGGUUUUCAUUCAGAAGCCCCCUCCAUCGUCACCAGAUUCUUCUCCAUCCUGUGCAUUAGGUCUGAGACAUCCUCUGACAUUUCACUGUCCCUGUUACUAAUUUGUUUGGUCGUAGUGACCCACUGGUCUCCUCUCUCUCUCUCUCUGGCUCUAUGUGCUCAUUCCGUUGUCCGAUAAACAUUUCAUAAUUACUAAUUUUUUUGGUCGUGGUGGCCCACCGGUCCUCUCUCUCUCUCUCUCUCUCUCUCUCUCUAUGGCUCUGUGUGCUCAUUCCCGUUGACUUUUAAACCUUGCAGGUUGCAUCACAACCAAGGAGCUGGGGACGGUGAUGCGAUCCCUUGGGCAGAACCCCACCGAGGCGGAGCUCCAAGACAUGAUCAACGAGGUGGACGCGGACGGGAACGGGACGAUCGACUUCCCGGAGUUUUUGAAUCUGAUGGCGAGGAAGAUGAAGGACACCGACUCUGAGGAGGAGCUGAAGGAGGCCUUCCGGGUGUUCGACAAGGACCAGAACGGCUUCAUCUCCGCCGCCGAGCUCCGCCACGUGAUGACCAAUCUCGGCGAGAAGCUCACCGACGAGGAGGUCGACGAGAUGAUCCGCGAGGCCGACGUCGACGGGGACGGCCAGAUCAACUACGAGGAGUUCGUCAAAGUCAUGAUGGCCAAGUGA